AUGCCGCGUCCAGCUUCUCCUCUUCUCCACGCUGUCAGCUACCAGCAAGUUCCUGAAACAGACAAUCGCCGCAAACCUCCUGCACUGCACAUCCCAAACAAGAAGCCGAUCACCGGAAUUGAGAUUGUUCACAACCGUUCGUCGGCUUCAAGCAGGACAUUGAACGCCAACUCAGCACCAUACUGCAUCUCGCCCUCUUCUUCAGAAAGGAGUCUCAAGACCGAGAUCUCUUACACCCACAGCGACAUUGAGACGAUGAACCACGUCCUCUUCCAGGCCAGGCAGAACGGAGAGCUCCCCAGUACAACAUCAUCCCCCAUGGACGCCCAAGCAGUCAUCCAAGACUACGGCUAUCUCACCCGGCUCAGAGAAGCCCGCGGCGACGCCACACUACCUGCUCCUACCACUUAUACCGAACUCUGCGUCGAGGUCGCCCGCCGCAUCAAGGACCGUGAUUCUUUUCACGACGAUGAGGAGAACCACCAAGAAGCGGUACGCAGGGUGCACCACUAUUUGAACACCCUCGGGACGGAAAAGCGAUUCUUCGACGCCAACUCAAAUACCGCCGAGCGCCCGUCAUCGGCGCGGAGCGAUAUCGAGAGUUUUGGUGAGAGUAUACUCUCUAUUGUUGGUCAAGCAGCGGACCAGACUAUGGUCGAUGCCGCCGAGCCUCUUCGAUUCAACGUUCAGCAACUUAGAACACACAAUUCUGAGUAUGAUAGGCUUAUCAAGACGCAAAGUUCCGAGUACGACAGGCUUUUAAAGACGCACACUUCUGAGUACGACAAGCUCCUCAACCACCAGCAAGACUUGGUCAGAGCCCUCAGUGCCAUGAUCAAUCCCCAGUCUAAGGCGAUCCAGACCUCCGGAGAGAAUCUAGCCCUCCUUACUGGAAUCGUCACCCAUCUUUCUCAUUUCGCCAUGAAUCUCCCAUACGUCGUCGAACAAGCUGUGCAGAGAGCCGUCCAUGAGCAAACAGAGACAGCAAUCCAGCAGGUCCUCCAGGCCCAACAAGAAGCAGUUCUUUCUCUCUUACAGCGGCGUCAAGAGAACACUCAAAGCAACCAAGCCAUAAACUAUGAUCUACUUUCAGCGUCCAUCGUCUCAAAACUACAGACAGCCGGCUGCUUGAGUCCUGAGCAAAGUUUUGCAAAGGAAGAAAAGGGUACCCGAGAUGGGCUGAGGAAAUUCUGGCAUCGCGUGAGGCCAUCCAUCAUGACUCGAUGA